AUGAGUUAUCUGAACAAGAUUUGGAUGGCAGCAUCAUUCGUAGCAGUUCAAGGAAACGCCGAUCACGGCGUCAAGUUGAAAAGCGGAAUCACCUCCGCUCACCGUCUCCAACGCAGGCUUUCCUCCGAUCUCCGUCCUCUCGCCGCCGCUGAUCUCGCCGGAGACAGUAUCCCAGCUGAAGAAAGACGUCGUAACUCUUCUUCAACCCCCGAUGAGUCACUCCGCCAAGUUAUGUACCUCAACUGCUGGGCACAAGGCUAAAUUCUUAAGAUCAUCUCCCAUCUUCAGAUGAUGGUGAUAGAUGACUCGCUUAUGAACGAACCCGCUCGAGUCAGAUUCUUGAUGCAAACUGUAUAUAUAAAAGUUUGGUUUCAUCUCUGAUGGUUGACUCGCGCUGUUCAUGGACUCGCUUGAGUCAUGUUUUUUUUUUUUUUUUUU